AUGGCGCCAUCGCGGCUUUUUCGACCGGUCGAGACCUCGGACCCUAUCACCUUGCAGAUCCCCGGCACACGCAAGGUGGCCGCCAAGAUCAACUACAUGUCCCGCACGGUGGAGAAGCCGUUCACCGCGCUGUACCAGACUCCAGAUGGCAAGCAGAACAAUCACGUCUACGAUUCACCGACGGUGGACAUCACCGAUCUUCGCGGUACCACGCCCGCCGACCGAGAACGUGCUGGCUUCAACGUGCGUCAGGCUGGCUUUGAGAUCAUCGAAGGCUUCGGCUCUCCCGAAACAGAGCAGGGAUGGAAGGAGCACAAGUGGGAAGACGCGCAGUGGAUCGAAUCGGAGUACUAUGCCGACAUCGACCGCAUCUUCAAGGAUAAGCUCGGCGUCACUUCGACCUUCAUCUUUGAUCACACGGUGAGGAAGCGCCGAUCGCAGGAAGAGGAGGAGCUGCCCGAAACGGCUGAUACGCGCAAGCCGGUCCCUAUGGCCCAUUCGGAUCAGAGCCGAUGGGCGGGGGAGAACCGAGUGCUCAAGCACCUUGGCCAGGAGACACUCGACAAGGUCAAACGCGGUGAACUGCACGCUCAACUGAUCAACCUCUGGCGACCGCUCCGCGGACACGCGUGGGAUACGCCGUUGGCCGUGGCGGACAGCCGUACCGUAUCGAGAGGCGAGAACGGCAAGCCUAAGGACUGGAUCGAAUCCGAGCUCAGGUAUCCGACCUGGACGGGUCAGACGCUGGCCAUCUACUCGAACCCGGAGCAUCGCUGGUACUACAAGAGCGGACUCGGCAUCGACGAGGCUAUCCUGCUCAAGUGCUACGACUCUGCCAGCGAGACCAGAACUCCGCACACCGCUUUCGACGAUCCGACCACGCCCAAGGACGCCGAGCCUCGCUGGUCGAUCGAGGUCCGCGUUCUCGCCAUCACGGAUCCAGCUGCUCAGAAGCAGUAG